UUAAUAAAAGGUUUUGGAAAGUCAAUAACAGAGUUAUGAAAGAAUGCCGUGAUCUGUUCUUUUUCUUGAUCAUCAAGACAGGAGAAAUAUGUUCGAAAGAUGAGAGCUUUUUUCGUCUCAUCUUGUUUAAUAUAUUUAAAUGGGUUUCUCCAAAGUAUACGUACAACGACUUGACAAUAAUCUUGAUUUAAAACGACACAUGAAUAUAAAGUUUUAAUAUCGUGAAUAACAUACUGAAUAAUUUCAUAUAUACAGUCGGCUGUUAAAUUUACUGUACUGGUGAUAUCUUGAUUUCGCGACAUAUUUCGU